CCGCAAUUAAAGACCAUAACUUAGAUGCUGAUUUAUCUAAUGAAUGUUAGAAUAUUAAACGUGUUGUGUUGGUUUCAUUGCUUGGAAAUCUGAAUAAUGUAUCUGAAGAAGUUUCCAUAAAUUUAGACCUUAGUAUACUACAGUAUUUAUUAUGGUUAGUACAUUAUAGGACACAAAAUUACAGAAAUGGUGACUUUCCUAUUCAAAUUGGAAAAAAUAUAUGGAGGGAAGAUUUCCUUUCUUAACAAAUUUUUUUCCUUCCCAAUACCAAUAGUUUAUACUCCAAACUUUUGAUCAAUGUAUAUUUUCAAGAUUUCUUUAGUUUGAAGGUCAAAGAAGAAGACAGGAGGAGGAAAAAAAAAAUGCCAGCAGUUUGGUUUGCUUUAAAGAGAUCAUUACAGUGCAAAUCAGAGCUAAGAGAUGUUCAUGAUCCAAGAAUUGAUGGCAAAAAUUUAAGCAAAAUAUCGACGAAAAAGACGGUAAGUAGAUCAGGUUGUUCAAGGUCAAUAGCAAAUCUGAAAGAUGUUAUACAUGGAAGUAAAAGGCAUAUGGAGAAGCCACCAUUACAAAGUCCAAGAUCUAUUGGAAGCAGUGAGCUUUUGAAUCCAAUUACACAUGAAGUUGUGUUAAGCAAUUCAACAUGUGAACUCAAGAUUACUAGUUGUAAUUUCCAUGAUGGUAAUGGGAGUAGUGGAAAUAAUGUUGAGAGUAUUUCUGCUUUUAUGGGUACCUUAAAACCAGGGACACCUGGUCCAGGAGGACACCAUAUUGGAUCUUCAAGAAAAUAUAGAGGUUUUGGUAGCCCUAUAAGAAAAGGGUCACCUGGGAAUUUAUCAAGAAAAGCAGGGUCUGGAUUUGGUGGUAUUGUUUCUAGGCCUAAGGCUUCUUCUGGUGCAGAUUCUCAUGGUUUUUCAGCUCUGAAUUGUCAUAAAUGUGGUGAACAAUUUGCUAAAUUUGAAGCUGUUGAAGCACAUCAUCUCUCCAAACAUGCUGUAACUGAACUUAUUGAAGGGGAUUCCUCAAGGAAAAUUGUAGAGAUAAUAUGCAGAACAAGCUGUUCAAAGCCUGAAAACAAUUCAAAUGGGAUAGUGAGAAUCUUGAAGGUUCACAAUAUGCAGAAAGUACUAGCUCAAUUCGAGGAGUAUCGCGAAUUAGUAAAGAUCAAAGCCAGCAAACUUGCCAAGAAACAUCCUCGUUGCUUAGCCGAUGGAAAUGAGCUAUUAAGAUUCUAUGGCACAACUGUUGAAUGUUCUCUUGGUAUGAAUGGUUCUUCUAGCCUAUGUACAUCAGAAAAAUGCAAAGUUUGCAGGAUUCUAAGACAUGGAUUCUCAAUCAAGAAGGAAAUUAAUGGUGGGGUUGCAGUUUUUACAGCUUCUACAAGUGGAAGAGCAUUAGAGGCAAUUGAGGAAAAUGAUGAUAAUAUAUCUUUGAGAAAGGCUCUAAUAGUAUGCAGAGUGAUUGCUGGUAGGGUGCAUAGACCUUUGGAAAAUGUUCAAGAAUUGAUUGGUCAAUCAGGGUUUGAUUCAUUGGCUGGAAAAGUAGGACUCUACUCAAAUAUUGAAGAACUCUAUUUGCUCAAUUCUAAAGCUUUGCUUCCAUGCUUUGUGGUAAUCUGCAAAUCAUAAAAACACAAGGUGAUUGAGCCAUUCUUUCAUGUAAUUCAAUUGAAGUUCUGAAUAUUUGUUCAUCCAUCCAAUCAUUCCUUUUUUUUGGGGGUAGUUUUUUUCCUCUUUCUAUUUCUUAUUAGAGAAGCAUUCUGUUCUUAACAAGUGUAAAUUUAUUCUUUUGCAAUGAGGUACAUGUGAUUUUUACUUGCUA